AUGCGAAUGGAUAAACUGGCUGACUUUUCAGAGGCGAUCGUGCGUGGCCAAUCGGAGCGCGUCGUUAAGAUUCAAGUCACGUGGGUUGCUCUAUACGAAGCUAUCUCCUACAUUCAAUCGCAUAAUCAAGAUAAAAGUAUAAUAUUGACUGAUUCUCUGAGCUGCUUACAGGACCUGAAGAGACUACCAUUUCACUCCAAGGAUAACUUCUACCUUACCUUAAAAAUAAAAGAUAAACUUAGAGAAUGUCAUGAUGCCAAUUUGCAAGUAGUCUUAGCAUGGAUCCCUAGCCACUCAGGCAUAUCUGGUAACGAGGUCGUGGACCAAUGUGCAAAAGCUGCCAUACACCAGAGUUUCGCUUCUGACCAAAAAUGCUUUACUCGAGACAUAAGAUCUUCGAUAAGAUGUCUGCUUUUUGAAAAUUGGAAUAAAUCAUGGCAACUCUCACGUAGAGCCAAGGGUCAACACUACGGUAACCUGCAACCAAAUAUCCCUCCUAAACCCUGGUUUUUCAAGCACAAAGGCUAUUCUAAGGUAGCAACUUCGAAUAUUAUCAGAUUACGACUUGGACACAUUUGUUCGCCAGUGCGCCUGGCCAAGAUGCGAAUAAGGGACAGCUCUAUCUGUGAAUGUGGAUUGGACGAAGGGUGGAUGGAUACUCUACCGAACACCGUAUAUACAUCACCGACGAUCUAUAUCAUACUGCCCGUGUGUUAUCCAACCUCGACACUGGCGGAAUCAUCAAGCCCUGAUGGAGCCAUAAUACACAAAAAUUGAUU